AUGGUGUCGCUGAUUAAGAAUCAACUCUUGAAGCACCUUUCGAUUUACACGAAAAAUUUGUCAUCGGACAAAAUUAAUUUGAGCACAUUUCGUGGCGAGGGGGAUCUGGUGAACUUGCAAUUGGACGAAGCGGUGCUCACUGAACUGUUAGAGUUGCCUUCAUGGUUGCGACUCACUUCGGCCUGGUGCAAUCAUGUGUCCUUUCGCAUUAGCUGGACCAAACUGAAAAGUGUGCCAAUAACCUUGACACUGGACGAGGUGAAUAUCAGCGUUGAAACCUGUGAUCCGAGCACUAGAAAUCAGGAUGCCAACUCACCCGGCGGUGUUGCAGGUGGGGGUGGUGUAGGAGGUGGCGCUGCUGCUGGUGGUGGGGCAACAGCACAGUCGACACUGCCACAGGCGCCGCAGGGCAAAUACAGUUACAUUCACAAAGUGGUGGAUGGCAUUACAAUCAUUGUAAAUACGGUGAAUGUGAAAUUCCUGAGCGCAGCGUUCACAGCCUCCGUGCAGAUGUCUCGCAUCCGUGUUGAAUCAAAAACACCGAAAUGGGCUCAUGCCGAUCUGCGUUUUACACGGCUUAAAGACCCGAAUAAAGGCAUCAUACUCAUCUUCAAAGAACUCUCCUGGCAAACGGUACGCAUCGAAGCCAGUUCAACGCAGGACAAAUCGCUCACACCACUACGUUUGCUCACAAAUCAAGCGCGCUGUCGACUAACGCUACGAAAACGGCUUUCUGAUUGUACAUUAUUAGCCUCACGACUGGUGCUCAUACUGGACGAUCUACUAUGGGUGCUCACCGAUUCGCAGCUGAAAGCGGCCUUACAUUUUGUCGAUUCCUUAUCGGGUCUCAUCAAAGCGGCGACACAUGCAACACAGAAAAAGAAUGCAGCUAGAAAAUUACAGACUCUCCCUGAGUAUCAGGCACAGAUAGCACAGCAACAAAAUCGCCAAACUGACACGGCGCACACAACACCAGCGCAAAAAAUGUUCAACGCUUUCGAUGUACGCGAAACUUCCUAUCACUUUUUCAGUCAACGCAUCGAUUUGCAUUUGUGCGACGAUGAAGGAGAUGGCCGCUCGAGCUAUCCCGAAUUGGAUAAAGGUGGCGCUUUACAAAUAUCGGUGCAAGCAUUCCAAAUAGACUAUUAUCCUUAUCAUCUGGCUAAAUCAGAUCGCGCGCACUGGGCGAAAUAUCGCGAAGCAUCCGUAUUACCAGCGUUGUGGCUCAAAGAAUCUCUUAAUACAUUCCGUGAAGCUGUGCUUAAUCUAAGUCAACCGAAUCGCCCGUCAACACAUGCGCCACUCGAACGCACCGCACCAACUUCACCCGUCGCACUUAAUGUAAAUGCGCUGCAAGCGCUAAGCUCAGCGCAUGCGGCCACAGUUGGUGGCACACCACCUUCCAGUUCUGGCGCGAAUACGCCACAUCGUCCCGGCAGCAGCGGUGGUGGUUCGGGUGGUAAUGCUUCAGCAUUCGCCAAUCAGCUUACACAAGCGCAACAGCAAAAGGUGACACUGGACAAUUUGGCGAAAUUGAUGAGCGCCUGCGUUGUGUUGCGCAUUGAAGACUUCACCUUAUAUCGCGUCACCACGUCUGGUAGAAAGCAGAUGCCCAAGGAAUUUGUGUCGGGUGAUAAAGAGCGAUAUUCGUUUCCCGCUGAAAUGUCCGUCAUACAUGCUGAGUUUACUUACUUUUAUUACCCUGGUGAUUUUAUAUUUCCUUUGCCGCCGUCCAAAGUAUUCGUUCAUAUUAAUCCCCUACAAGUGCACUUCGAUCUAAGUUCCAUACUCUGGCUCAAUUCGUUUGCAUUGAAUUUACAUGAGAGCUUAUUGCGCACCAGCGUCGGCACAGCAAGCGGCGCUUCCUCCGCCACACGCGGUUCCAUCUCAUCGAAUGCCUCACAACGUGCAGCGGGUUCCGGGGGCUCACAAGGCUCACGCGGCGAUUCCGAGGCGGCCAUUUCGCAAGCCGAACAAGAGCCCAAUCUCAUGUAUAUGGAUGUGAAGAUUGAAGCGAUUAUGCCACGCGUGGUUAUCGAAUCGACUGUGGAUGUACUCAAUCAGAAGGAUCGUCCCAAAAUCAUGCAAAUACAAAUCUCACGAUUUGCCAUAACCAAUAUACGUGAGAUGGGUUCAUCGCGUGCUGAUUUGGCACAAGCUUUGCACUCACUGCAGGAGGGUUCACUGGUCUUCGGCACGGAAUUUCCAGCGGUCAAUGGUGACAUGUGCAUUGUUACCGAUCGCAUACUAUCGCAUGUCGCAGCCGCCGAUGUGGGUGCACCCGUGCUGCCACAAAACCCCUUGCAGUCGCAGGGCCAAACACAAACGUCAACAUAUGCGCAACUACCGAAAUCCGCCUCGGCACAGAAUUUGUCACGUUAUGCUAUGUGGUCAGAACCGCGUGAUGUAUGGUGUAUCAAGCUCGAUCCGGUGUGGGUGGAUUUCUUGGGUGCACGCUCUUUGGGUCCCAACAAAUCUAUACCAUUCAUCGAUGCUGUGCCGGUGACUUUGUGGCUUCAUUCUGGUGCUGAUGCUAUGCACAAAUCGCCAGCUGCCAGCGUCAACAGCAAUUCGUGCGCCUCGUACAGCAUGAAUCGUUCUUCCGUCGAAACGAAUUUAAAUUCCAUGGAUUUUGCAAAUGUGGAUAGUAAAAAUCUGCCACGUAAUCCCUUCCUUAGUGACGAGGAUGUACGUAUGGGCGAUUGGAAGCCACAACGUUCAUUUAAUGGUGCCAGCGCCAGCGUUGAUGCAGCACCUUUACCAGCUAAUGAUAAGGGCACUACAAACAGCGAACGUACCGCCGAUAUGCAUGCCAUUGCGCACAUUUCCAAUUUGGUGAGUGUGCAAAUCGAUCACUAUCAAUACUUGUUCCUAUUGCGUUUGGCUGAGGAGAUGACGGAGAUGGCCAUGUUCCUAUCAAUGGACGCUGAGCGUAUUUUACAAAAGCAAAAUACAAAGAAAUCGAUGAUAUUCGGUUGUGUUAUACCGCAAAUCGAAGUGACACUUGUGAUGCCAUCGCCAACACCUGGUAAGGAAUCGAGUGGUGGUGAUGCUGAAAGUGUCUUACCCGAUUCAGCUAGUUUGGGUGAUGAUUUACACAUGAAUAGUACAAACACUAUAUGGCCUACACCACCGUUAGAGCAAGUGAAGAGUAAUAUAUAUGGUAGUGUGGAGACACCUUCACCGGUCACGAAUGAACCGCUCUUUGAUGGUGUUAUGCACACUUCAAAUCCAAAUACGCAUGGUUACAAUGUGCAAAUUCAAAGUACACCCACUGUAGCGUCCUCUACACCUAGUCAGGGUUCACGCCCUGAUACUGGUGUUUACUCGCAGUCCAUUACAGCAUCGACGAAGAGUGUGCGCUCAGCACGAACUUCGAAUGCGGGCGAUGCGACUAGUAUAACGAAAGAAAUCAAUUCUAGUCUGAUGUCUAUGAAAAAAGGCUUCUCCAGUUUUAUGACGUCCAUCGAUUCGGCCAUCAAAUCUGGUACACCAAACGAUGACACCAGUGAUACAUUCUCCAUACAAAGUGAUAUUAGUUCCGAUUCGGAAAACUUCGCCAUAGUUAUGGGCGAUGAUAAGACAAUGGAUUGCAUUGAUGUUAUGUUUAGAUUAAAUCCCUUCACCAAUGACACCAACUUGAAAGCAUCACCCGUCGAGGUAGCCAGCGAAGUGCUAGAGGAACCUGGUUACAAUAAAACUAACUUAUCAUCACCGUCAGAGCCGUCCGAGGCAAGCACUUGGCGGCGACGCGAUUUAGUAUCAAUGGCAACUUUUAGAUUAACAACAGUUGAGUUGAUACGUCAAAAUGAGGGUAAUGCCUCAUCUCUGCGCCUGCAGGUGGCCGCUGUUUCGUGCGAUGAAUGUGGCGCCAUUCCUUGGGAUGAAUUGCAGAAAGCUCAACAAGCAAAUAAGACUAAGUUUGGCGCACGUUGUAAAGCUUGGAACUUAGCGCCCUAUAAUCCGGAGUUGCCACCUUGCAUACGUGUGCGUUUGGAGGAGACUUUGAACCUGCCGCAGGGCAAUGUAAGCGUCACGGAUAAAAAAUCUUUGCAGAGUUGGAUUUCGCAUCAUGCUGAAGUGCGCGUCAAGGAUGUUAAUUUGGAUUUGUCCAUGAGCACCGUUAUAGGUUUGGGUGAUUUAGCAGAGGAUGAAAUCAUCACUAACCCUUUGCCUGUUACGAUUCAUGUGGAAAAUGUCAAGCUUAACUUACUCGAAGAUCGUCCGCCCGUUAAUAUUACCUCACCGGGUCCAGUGCCAAUACGUCUGGCGAUCGGACGCAUGCGCAUACAUCGUGACAAAAAUGGCAUUGUCAAUAUACAACCAAUAGAAACUGGUCUAAAUGAGGUAGCAACUAUAAACUAUCCGCUAACAACUGCUGCACUAACACCACGCGAUCGCGAACGUGAUCGAGAAAUACUCUCCAUGCAGCUGGUCAUGCAGCAGCUCAAAAUGGAUAAUGAAAAUUUGCGUAAGCAGCUAGUAAAUGCGAAAGAAAAUGCCGAUACAUAUAGACAAAAGUGCAAACAGGAGAACGACGUGUUGCGCUCGUAUCUGAAAGCGGCGCAAGACGAUAUAACCAUACUAUUGGAGGAGAAAAAGGCUUUACUCGACACGAUACGUUCACUGCAGUUAAAUCUGAAUUCUCGCAACAUUUCCGAUGCAAGGAUCAAAGGUUCAACUGACAUCAUCGAAUAUAAAUAGAAAAGGCGAUGGCAACAGGUAGCAUAACUGCAUGGAUUGCAUCCAAUGCUGCGGCGAGAACAACAAUCCAUGAAAUACGAUGCAACCGGCGACAACACGGCGCAGAAUAACAACAACAACAGCAGCAACAGGCACGCGGAGAAGGCUGUCCAAUAUAUUUUUUGUUUUGCCACUUUUCAAAUCAUGCCAAAAAUCGCGCGAAGCGCCGCACGAGCAAUAAAAUCAAAUGUGUUACGAAAAACAGAAUAUGUGCGCAACAACAAACAAAAACAAAAAAUAGGUGUAAUUUAUAACGUUUGCAUAUUUGAUUUAACAUUUACAUAUAUUAUCUGAAAUUUGUUUUCUAUUUUAAAUUCUAUUUCCCAUUUUAUAAUUUCUAUAAAUUUUUUUUUAUAUUUGGAAUUUUUUUUUUUAAAUUUAUUAGUUUUCUAAAAUGACUUAAUAUUGCGUUGCGAUGUUUUCCAUGUUUUCUAUGUUAAAUAAAAGUAAAUAUAAUUUCAUUGAAUUAAUUUUAAAAUGCUCAAAAUUUGUGUUUGCAUAACGAAUAUAUAUAUUUUAAAUGAAGCAAUAAUGCGGUUCGUCAAUAAAUUUAUUUCUUGAAUUAAUUAUUUCUACUAAUUGGUAGUUGCUUUGAAAAACAACUAGGACGAUUAUAUUUUCUGCAGCUAUACAAGCUAGCUAGCUAUUGCUAUGUAAACAGUGUUGGGUAUUAUUAUUCCCAAACUAAUUCCAAAAAUUAUUGACGAAGUAAUAUAUGUUUUUUUCACUUUUCGAAUAUUUUUUCUGAAAAUUUGGUUUUUUGAAAUUAUUUUUUAUUUAUUUAACUUUGUUGGAUAUUAUUAUUCCUAUCCUAAUUCCAAAAAUUAUUGAUAAAGUAAAUUAAGUAAAAAAAGUAAAUUAGUUUAUUUUUUUCCAGUUUUCGCAUAUUUUUUCUAAAAAUUAACUUGUUUUGGUAUUGUUUUUUUUUUUUUUUUUUGAAAAUUUGUUGAAUAUUAUUUUUCCUAACUUAAUUCCAAAAAUUAUUGACGAAAUAAACCAAAUUUUUUUAAUUUUUCGCAUAUUUUUUCUAAAAAUUAACUUCUUUUGAAUUUUUUUAAAAACAAUUUGUUGGGCAACACUAUUCCUAACCUAAUUCCAAAAAUUAUUGACGAAGUAAAUAUAUAUUUUUUACAUUUCGCAUAUUUUUCCUAAAUAUUAACUUUUGAUGUUUUUUUUAUAAAAUUUAGUGUGUUCGAUUUGAUUAUUUUAAAUAAUUUUCUAAAUAUCAGCAGAAACGAAAUUCAUAAACUAAAAGCCACAGUGUUAAAAUAAAAAUGCGUUGACUUUUUAUAUUUACAAGUUAUUUUAAAUAGCUUCAAAAAGCAAUACUUUCAAUUAAAAUAAUAUUUGUAUACUUAUGUGUUCUAGGAAAACUUUAGUUGAUAAAACUGUAUUGGCCAAGAGUAAAGCCAGUCUUUUUACGCCAUAAUUAUUGUUAUUUCCAAUAAAAAAAUAUGUAUGUAUAUAUUGUACAAUUUUAUAAAAAUUUUAUUUAUAAUUUUAUAAAAAUUUAUUAAAAUAAUUUUAAAUUGUUAUUAAAAAUUAAAUAAAAUUUUGCGUUUAACGCUGCUUUUGACGUGAUUACACCGUGGGUAUAUUAUAUUUCUAUGAAGAAUAUUGACUUAUUUAUUUUUUCAGUAUAAAGAUGCUUUAUUUAUAACUGUUAUUUACAUAACUGCUUAUAUAAUUCAAUGCUUAAGCAAAAAUAACUUCAAUAAGCUAUAACAGCUAUAAUUUUAGCAGCAUAACAAAUCGUUGUGAUUUACUAUCAUAUCAAUAACCAUAAAUAAAAACUAAAAAUAUAAAAAAGUUAAAAUACAAAAUAAAUAAAAUUCGUUUUAGCUAUAAUAAUUAAAAAAUACAUAUACAUUAUUUUCGUAAAAACUUGGUAUUCAUGUAUAUGUUGUUAUAGUAUUUUGCUAUUUGCGCUUUUUAAAUUUUUUUUAAUGCGCUGUUAAACAACAAAGGAUGUCUUGUAUACUGAAAGCUACCCAAUCUUUGCUUGAGAUCAAACAACUACUUUUAAAAUGAAGUGUAGAGCAUACUUUUAAUGAAAUGUAUAAAAAUUGCAAUGCACAUUUUUUUUAUCAAUAUGAAAUAUUUUCAAAUUUUAAUUAUAAAAUGAAAUUUAUAUACAUAUUUUUACUAUAAUUAACAUAUUAAAUGUUUAUUACAUGUAUACUUAGUGGCAAUUUGUUAAAAGAGCUUACAUCGGCUUAUGCUAAUGAGCUUUAAUAAAAAAUUCUGUACUCGAAGUUGUAUUUAAUCUCGAAAAAUGCAGUGCAAUCGUAUGCUUCGAACUGCGUUAAUAAGUAGACAAAGUAUAUAAACAGAUUUUUAUUUUAAACCGAAAUAAUUUCAUUAGUUGUAGUCGAUUUAAGUUUCUUUUAACAUGUUGCCACAAAUAAUCUGAAAUCCGUCAUACUUAGAGUUUAAUAAUUUUACUACAAAUCAGAGACAAAUCUUUCGAGUGUUAUAAAACGAUAAUUUAUAGAAAUAUCGAGUACUAAAUCAUUUUCGUGUCUACAGUUAAUGAAAAGACGCUGUAAUUAUAAUUUUUAUUUUCUUCUUUGUUUUUUGGAAGUCAGUGCUCGAUCUAAUGCAGAGCCGCUGUAAAUUUGCGACUAAUUAAUUCCUUAAUCGUAGAGUUGUUAUUUUUAAAAUAAUUUUUGUAAUUUAUUGCUUUCUUUAAUCGUCGAUUAUCUGCAGAAACAAUUCAAUUACAGCCAGUUUUUUUUGUCUUUGUAUGCUUUUUUAUCGCCUUAAACAUUUUUUUGUAUAUAAUUUCUGAUCUCACCACGUGUUCAAAACAAAUUCACUUAAUUUACAAAAAGUACGAAAAUUUCUCUGAAAACUGAAUAUUAAUUUUUACAAGCUAUCCUUGUUAAUAUGAGUUGCUACAACCUUCUCCAAAAGUUUCAAUGUGAAAAAUUAGAUUUAAUAUUUGUAUUAAUUAAAUACAAUAUUUUUAAACAAACACGUAUGAGCUAUAAAAAAUGAAACUUGCGACGUUUAUAAUAUCAAAAGUGAAAAAAAUCAUAAUACAAAACACAGAGUAUUUACUGAAAAACAAUUUGCAAUGAAGAAAAUUGAAGUUUAUGUGCAAGUUGAAGUAGUUAAUAACAUGCAAAUUGCCUAUUCAUAUACUUAAAAAACUUAUACCUGUAUAAAAA